AUGAGUUUAAUUGAAUGGUUAAAACGUGGAGAUAAGCGGAGACGUUUAGAUUCGCCAGUCAGGUCGAAUGCGUGUGAAGAUGUCAAUCCAACAUCGUCUGCUGCAACAGUUGCAAUAGAAGCAGUGGAUGAGAACUCUGACCAAUCAAAUACUGAGGACAAUGCUAUUAGGCCGCCAAAACUACCGUCUCAAAAAAUAGGAAAGAAAACUCGUUGUUUCCAAGAACAUUGGCGUAAAGAAUUUCCAUGGAUCGUUCAGAAAGAAGGAGUUGGAGUACUCUGCAAAAUUUGCAUGGAAUCGACAGGUAAAAUAGACGAGCUGAAAAAUUCAUUUUAUAAGACGGGUUUUUCUUCGUGGCACAAAGCCUUAGAAAAAUUUAGAGCUCACGAAAGACAUAAAGACCAUGUAUUUGCUCUAGCAAAUAAAAUACACGCAGGAAAAAGCCUUCCUAUUGAAGCUCAGUUGAGUUCGCAGAUAGCUUCAGACCAAGAAAAAGCACGAAAUGGUCUUAUUCAAAUUUUCUCUGCUGUUAAAUAUUUGGCUAGACAAAAUCUGGCAAUAAGAGGGCAUGAAGAUAGCGAAAGCAACAGUAUUCAGUUGCUCGAUGUUUUGAAGGCUCAAAAUUUAGAUUUGAAAGAAUGGCUUAAUAAGAAAAAAUCGUGGACAAGUUGGAAAAUUCAAAAUGAAAUUCUCGAUCUCAUGAGUAGGAAAAUUCUAGAGAAGCUUUGCCAAGAAAUACGAGAAUCAGAAUGCUUCGCUUUGAUUGUGGAUGGUACACAGGAUAUCUCUGGUACAGACCAACACUCUAUCUGCAUACGAUUUACUGAUGAGCAUCUACAAGCGCGAGAAGAAUUUUUAGGGUUCUACGAAGUAAAAGAGACGACUGGCCAAGAGAUUGUCGAUGUCAUUUUAAAAGUUUUAAAAAAACUUGAACUUCCGACAGAUAGUUUACGUUGGCAAACGUAUGAUGGUGCAGCAAAUAUGUCCGGCAUUUAUAAAGCCGUUCAAGCAAUUAUAAAAGAGUCGCAGCCUCUCUCUGAUUACGUCCACUCCACUGCGCAUGCCUCUAAUUUAGCUGCACAGACAGUAGCCAGUAGCAGUCCCUUAUCGUCAUCGGCGUUAGAUGCAGUUAAUGAAUUGGGAAAUUUGGUCUCGAGAAGUGGCAAGUUAAAAACUAUUAUGAAAGAUAUUACAUCUUCUUCAAGUGAUCCACAACUUAAAUUAAUUAAACCGUUAUGUCCGACACGUUGGCUGGCGAGAGUAAAUCCAGCCUGCGCUACACUAUCACAGCUUCAAGUUGUUCUUGAUUCUCUCGAAGCAAUAAAAAAAGACAAUGUGACGGCAGCAGGAUUAAUUGAAAAAUUAACAAAAGGAAACACUGUACUUGGAUUAUUGAUGUCUAUUGAUAUUUUUUCACAAUUGGAAAUUUUAAAUAAGACGUUGCAGGGCAAGUAUGAGACCGUUUCAGGGGCACUCAAAGCUACAGAGUUAGUUAUUAAGGGCUUGGAAGAAAAACGCACAGAUACAUCAUUCCAAAAAAUUUUCUCAGAUGCGGAUAAAUUGAUCGAGGAUUUGAAUUUAGAACCCAUAUCACAGCCUAGACAACGCUGCCCACCUAAACGACUGACAGGAAAUGCAGAAAAUUAUUUUGAUUCGUCACCUAUUGAGUAUUAUAAAAGGCAGUAUUUUUCUAUGAUUGACACUACGACGACACAACUGAAAGAUAGAAUUUAUCAAAAAGGAAUGGAUCAUCUAAUUUGCCUUGAGAAGGUUCUUUUAAGCGGGGAGGUUGAUGAUUCUAUAAAACGCUAUAAAGAAUUCAAUCAUGAUAAAUUAAAAAUACAAUUAAAACUAUUCAAGACACAAUUUGAAUAUAAAACAUUGAAGGAAGCUACAGAGAAAAUGAGAGAAGCAACGAUAGAAGUAAGUAAUCUUUAA